CAGCCUCCAUUCCCUGGCCCCUGAAAGCAGGUGUAAAUUUUAGGAUCAACUUUCACACAACAGUGCAUCAUCUGACGUUCUCAGUAGAUGAUUGGUGCUUCCAGCUCUGAGGACACAGAUUACUGGCUGGUGAAAAGCGGCUCUGAUUGGUCUGGAAGGCUGUGACGCGGCCGCCCCAUCCUUUAAAUGUGCGACAAGGAAACUGUCAGUCAAUGAAGUAGUAAAGGGGGGAACAUCUGUGGUGAAGGAGAAGAAAAGUGAGGUUUUAACUAAAGCCUUUGUGAGAGUGUUUGCUUUGGUGGGGUUCCCUGCUUUUACUUACUAAAUUCCUGAGGUGACCAAUAACACAGAAGAAGUCAGAAAUGAAGUUCGUCAUUGGCAUUGGAGGAGUGACCAACGGUGGAAAAACCACUUUGACAAAUAGACUACUAAAGACAUUACCCAACUGCUGUGUGGUGCAUCAGGAUGACUUUUUCAAGAAACCCGAUCAAAUACAAGCCGGGGAGGACGGCUUUAGACAGUGGGAUGUGAUCACCGCUCUGGACAUGGAAGCAAUGGUCAACACUGUGAAAGGCUGGCAGGAGAACCCCGUCAAGUUUGCCCGUUCGCACGGAGUCAGUCUGUCACCUGAAGCCGAGGAAUCCGACUCGGAGCAGAAAGGGAUCCAUAUUCUUAUCAUUGAGGGGUUCCUCAUCUACAACUAUAAGCCUCUCAUUGAUGUCUAUGACAAGUGUUUUUACAUUUCCAUCCCUUAUGAGGAAUGCAAACGGAGGAGAGGUACAAGGACAUACACAGUCCCAGACCCCCCCGGCCUGUUUGACGGCCAUGUCUGGCCCAUGUACCUGAAGCACAGGAAAGAUAUGGACAACAACUGCAACAGAAUAGAAUACCUUGAUGGGAUGACAACUAAGGAAGAUAUCUACAAUGCAGUGUAUAAAACCAUUCAAAACUCCCUGCUGAAUAACUUAUAGGAAUGGGCCGACACCAGACUGUGUAUAGACUUGUAAAUAUCAUUUUGAGUAAAUGUGUAACACCGAUUCUUUACUUCUAGUCUGAUUUGUAAAUAGACACCAGUGUAACUUAUGAAUGAACAGCAGAAUAAGUGUUUUGUAUAAUCGUGUAAUUCUUUUUCUAAAAGAUAAGUCACCUCUGGACUACCCAGUGUCUAAUACCUGUAUCUGAUGAGAAAUUAUAAAGCUGUCACUAGAAACAACUUAAACACAACUGAAUUCA